AUGACUUGCAUUGCUUCGAAUGGAGGAUGGCUUCUUGUGUACAGAGAUGGUAUUGUCUUCUUCUUCUUCUGUCCUUUCUCCCGGGCAAGAAUAGACCUUCCAGCAUUGCCUCAUUCAGAGCUUUCUGACCAUGUUGCAGUAAUCUCAUCGGUUCCAACUUCUCUGGAUUGCAUUGUUGGUGUCAUUAAUCAUAGAAAUUGCAACACAUUGGUGUUAAAUUUGAUUCGACGUGGUUCUACUGAAUGGACUAUACAUGAGUUUCUGGACACAUUAGAGUGCCUACGCACCAUUACAAGCGCCGCAUAUCUUGAAGGGGUUUUCUAUUUUUUGGACUGUACUACAGAUGCAUCAGUGACAUUUUCUCUAGAAGAAAUUAAAUGGGGUACUUGCAAGAUAAUCUACCAUGAACCUUCUAAUUCUAGUUCCCCAAAUACACUACCGUUCUCAUGUAAUUGCACUCCCCCAAAGACACUACCAUGCUCUCGUAAAACCUCUAAUUGUACUACUCCAAAGCCACCACCACUAUUUGCAAGAAACAGCUUUAGAAGAACAAAAAUAGUGGAAAAGUUGGGAUUCCCAGAACAAGUUUAA